GCCAGAAUUCGUCGCACCCGCGUUCGAGGUACCGAUCAGCUGGCGAUCAAGCUGAAGCGACGCCUCACGACUGUCGACGAGGCCGGGGACAGACCGUCAGUCCUCCUCGACCAGCCCCACUUGGCGGCCGAUCUUCAACCGGCUUCCACACUCUUCACUGGCCCUCCAGGAGCAGGCUUCCAGGCAACAGAUGCUUACAACAGACACGGCAAGGACGACCAGACGGCCAACAUCUCGCUCCUGCUGACCGACUCGAGCACCAUCUGCGACAGUCGGGUCUCGUUGUCCAGUCCCACGGGAUCUCGUGUCUCCGGUCUUCCGCUCCUUCCUCUCGAGCUGGGCCCGGCGACGCCGUUUCCACCGGGACCCGGACGACUCGCCUGCUUUGCCUCUCCCCUCGGUCUGCAGUUGCACAACCUUCAGCAACAACAACAACAACAACAACAGAUACAACAACAACAACAGGUCUACUCGUACUUGGCGUGUCACAGACGACCGCAUUCGCCGCCGUCGUCGAUCGCAGCGCGAGUGAAACGCGCCACGCCGGCCAGAGAAGCGGCCAGUCUGUCGCGCAACGGCCUGCGUCAUCCGACGCUGCCGGUCGCCGCGAUCAACGUCGUCGCGAGCACGACCAGUACGAGUCCCAACUCGGGCCAGGGCCUCAGCGGGAACACGAUCGCGCACUUGAGCACAAACCUCAUCCCCAACCCGCUGCCCGUCACGAGCACAGCCUUGGACUCGAGCCCCUCUGGCGCCAUUGCCGUUGGCAUGGCCAAGGCAACGGCAACGGCGACGGCGACGGCGACGGCGACGAUGACUUUGGCGUCGAGCGUUGCUGACUUGAAUCCGGCCUCGGGUUGUCCGCCGGCCUCCGACGCGGUGACCGGCACAGCCGCGACUGGCCUCGUGUUGCGUGACGAGUCCGGCGGCUUGGCGCCGAUGCGACCGCGUGUUUGUCCGCCGCCGAAACGGCUCGAGCCGAUGGACCGAGAGCUUGAGGUUGCUCUGCAACGGGUGAGUCGUCCGUCCGGUUGUCUCUAG